UUUCUUUCUUUCUUUCUUUCUUUCUUCUUUCAUACUUUCAUUCUUUCAUUCUUUUCUUUUUUUACAGGAUGAAGAGGACAGCAUCGUAUAGCAGCUUCCUCUCCAAGAAAGCAAUACCCUUUUACAAGCCGACAGUGCAGCAUGCACGAGCCUUGAGUGGGCAAAUCCAACCACCGGACAUAUACACGACGCCUAUGGACGAUUCAUUACCGACAACAUUGACAAAAACACCGACAUAUGAGUACUACGGUUUUGUGCUUUAUCUCGUCUCCGGGAUCACCUAUGCAAUGUAUCUGGGAUGGGCAUAUCUUCCAAAAGAGGUCCUAGAUUCCAUGGGUAUUACCUACUAUCCCAGCAAGUACUGGUCUCUGGCGCUACCGAUCUGGCUAUUCGUGCUGAUCAUCUAUCUCUACAUCGCGUUUUUCGCCAUUAACUUGUAUAACACCGCACCCUUCGAUUCCUUUCAGACCAUCACAGACGAACACGCGAACCCAUUCCAUACGAUGAACUCGGCAUCGUCCAUGACGGACGAUUUUGUACCGGACUUGAUGGAUAUCCCGAUUGGGAUGGUGAAUGCGUGUCUAUACCAGCAUAUCGAGGGUAUUUCCGAUGAGGAGGAAGAAGGCGACGAAUUCGAUUUCAAUGAAGACGACGAUGACGAUGUGGAUCGUGAUGAUGGGUCGUAUUUUGACGACGCGAACUUGAGCGAUUGGGACGAUCCUGCCGAGAUCUGAGUCUGUUCGGAAAGUCUGCAGAGUCAAUGCUCUAGUCUUGGUGUGAAACCUCACUUUUGUAAUAAAAUAAAAUAAAAAAAAAGUGAGAAAUGAAACCUCCUGCUCGUUCUAUGUCUUUGAUCCCUGCUCAAGAUAUCG